AUGAUGGGGUUGCUUUCAACCAUUCGUGGCAAUAAAAAAGAUUUUAUUCUCGGUGCUACUGAUGCUGGACCGAUUGGAGCGAAAAACAAGAAGAUGGUCAUACAAGAAUGGCCAAGAUUGUUGGAGCAACAUCCUGAAUUAUUUCGAAAUGUUUGGAUUCAGUCAGCUACUCGUAGUAAUUCCAUUAAGAAAGCUUUCGGAAUAAGUGAUGACGAAAAUCCCGUCGAUAAUCCGACGUUCAUUAAUUUGUCCAAAACUAUUCAAGCUUUCUUCUAUAAACUCAUUAUUACUUAUCAGCUUGAUGAUGACUUAGUUACAACGGCUUGUGAACGACUUGGCUCUCGUCACGUGGACUUCAUUUCGCGUGGCUUUCAUUCUACAUUUUGGGAUAUAUUUUUGGUGUGUAUGGCUGAAACGAUUGAUACAACGCUCUCUGCUUAUAUACGAGAUGAAGCACGCAAAGCUGAAUUACUUCUAUCAUGGCAAAGAGUAAUUAAUGCAAUUAUUCAUCAUAUGCGAAACGGAUACAGUGAGCAACGAAAAGCUCAAUUGCAAAAACAACAAGAAAAAGCCUAA